ACUGUAAGCGUUUCAAAUGGCCAGCAGCCUUCAUCCGUGGAGAGCCGCAGACUGACUGUUAACACAAACGUAACAACAGCGGAACAGGCAAAGUUAAGAGAAAAAAAAUACCUUCGCCCGAGGGUCCUACCGCCGCGUCUGUCCAUAGGAAUGACGUCGGUGGACGGUUAAUCAGCUGUUUUCAAGCGAGGAAAGGAACCAAAAUAAAUACACAAAACACUGUUUCAUCUUUCAAAGGCCGUCCGGCUCUGACCGACAGGUGAAGCUACUCUGGUCGGACGUUGUUGACAUGCUUUAUUUGGACCGACAACAUGGACAAGAUUUUGGAAGGCCUGGUGAGCUCCGAUCACUCUGUUCCAGUGAAGAGGGCCAUUGUGAAGAAGGUAGUGGAAGCAGCUGAGAGAGAAGUGACAGAGGAUCAGUGUCAGGCGCUGUUUACUCUCACCACCCGCCUCAUUUUACUCGGUGAAGAUGCGUUCCAGAAGCAAAUUGGCUUCCAGGUUCUCGAAGCCUAUGCACGCUACCACCGCCCAGAAUUUGAGCGUUUCUUCAGUAAAGACUUCGUUCUCAGUCUGCUCCAGCAGGGUUACGACCAGCUGGACCGCAAAGACCCCGCCAUAAUAGAAUACAUUCACUGCUGCCUACGGCUGCUCAUCAGCUGUCCCUCGGUGCUGGAGAUCUUUGGUGUGAUCCAGGUGGAGGUUUUAAGGAUGGUGUGUGAACGCCCUGAGCCUGCUUUCUGUGCCCGCCUGAGCACUUUGCUGUCAGACUUUGUGCAGUGCAUCCCGAGGGAUAAGUCGAGUGUUUUAUUCUGCCAGCAGCUGGUGAGGACCAUCAGUUCUUUCCAUUGCUUUGCUAGCCAAGAGCAAGAGCUGAGAGAGUAUGUUGGUCAGGUGACAAAAGUUAGUGCACUGCUGCAGAGCAUCUGGAAGGCUGACCCAGCUACUCUGCUGCCCUCACUGCAGGAAGUCUUUGCCAUUAUUUCCUCCACAGACCCCUCCUUUGACCCAUCCAUUGCACUGGCCAGCCUGGUCCAGCAUAUCCCAGUCCAGAUGAUCACCGUGCUUAUCAAGAGUCUCACCACAGACCAGAAUGUCAGAGACGCAAGCAUGACUAAAGCACUCUGCAGGAUGAUUGACUGGUUAUCUUGGCCUCUGGCCCAACAUGUAGAUACCUGGGUCAUCGCUCUCCUGAAAGGACUGGCUGCUGUUCAGAAGUUCACUAUCCUCAUAGAUGUCACUUUGCUUAAAAUCGAGCUGGUAUUCAGUCGUCUGUGGUACCCCAUUGUGCGGCAGGGGGCGCUGGCUGUGCUCUCUCACAUGCUGCUGAGUUUCCAGCACUCUCCUGAGGCCUUCCAUUUGGUUGUUCCAGAUGUAGUAGAUCUAGUCCAGUCCCUAAGGACAGAUGGGCUCCCCACCAGUAAAGCAUUCCUGCUGCAGUUCACUGAGCUCAUACACUGCAUGAUGUACCAGUACUCUGGCUUUCCUGACCUUUAUGACAACAUACUGGAGGCCAUCAAGGAUCUCCCAAAACCUGCAGAAGAGAAGAUCAAGCUGGUGUUGAAUCAAAGUGCCUGGACGUCUCAGUCCAACUCAUUUGCCUCCAGUCUGCUGAGGCAAGCAGGGAAGUCUGAGACGGGCAAGACGGGUCUGGUCAACCUGGGGAACACGUGUUACAUGAACAGCAUCAUCCAGACCCUCUUUAUGGCCACGGAUUUCAGGAGGCAUGUUUUAUCGUUGCAUCUAAACAGUUCUAAUACGCUAAUGAAAAAGCUUCAGCUCCUCUUUGCUUUCCUCGCACACACUCAGAGGGCAGCCUAUGCUCCCAGAAACUUCUUGGAAGUGUCUCGGCCUCCCUGGUUCAAUGUGGGUUCUCAGCAGGACUGUUCAGAGUACCUCAGAUUUCUUUUAGACAGGUUACACGAGGAGGAGAAAACCCUUCAGGCUUUGGAUUCAGCUAAACCAAAAGCUGCUUCCCCAACUGACGCGAGCUGCAAAGACCCUGCAGGUCCGACACCUGCCGAGGUAAAUGGACAGACCUGUUUGACUCCAGGAGAAACCAGACCUGGAGAUGACAGGCGGACUUUGAUAGAAAAGCUGUUUGGUGGGAAGCUGAUCACAAGCAUUCGCUGUAUGCAGUGCAACUGCAUCUCUGAGAAAGAAGAACCUUUUACAGACCUCUCUUUGGCCUUUUGUCCAUCUACUACUUUUCAGGAUAGUCCUCAAUCACAAGGGCCCUUAGAAGAGCCCAGAGUUCUCUGUCAAGGAUCUGUCAAUGGUGGCAGUGAAGUUCCUGAGCCAGGCUCGGCCAGUGCUCUGGCUAGCAAUGCCCAUUUUGUGCCAGUAACAAAUGAGCCUCCACUCUCCGUGCCUGACCUGGUGAAUUAUUUUCUGGCUCCAGAAAUCCUUGAUGAAGACAAUGCCUAUUUCUGCGAGAAGUGUAGCUCCCUCCAGCGGGCAGAGAAGACCAUUAACGUGGUGUCUGCCCCUGAGUACUUGAUUCUCACCCUGCUGCGAUUCUCAUAUGAUGCCAAAUGCCAUAUCCGUAGGAAGAUUCUGGACAAUGUCACCAUCCCACCACUCAUCAAACUUCCUGUGCAUGACCCUCCAAUACCUACACGGUGCUCUUCUUCUACCUCUUCUCCUCUGCAAGUGGAUUCUCCUGAGAGCAGUGAGAAUCUGGCCAAGAAACUCAAAUCAUCGCAACACGAUGAGGAAGAGGAGAAGGCAAGGAUAGAUGGAGCAGAGGAGAUAAGCAGGGCGGUUCAGUCAGUCCCCUACGUCCUCAGCUCGGUGGUGAUGCAUUCUGGUAUAUCUUCUGAAAGUGGCCACUACUACUCUUAUGGUUGUAACAUUAAUGGGGCAGAUGCAGUACAGCAAACAGCAAACCAGUUUAGCAUCAAAGAGGAUUUAGGGAAUGGCCAGGCCGAGGGCAGCCUCUGCACCUGCUCAGCUCCCUCGGUUUCACAAGAACAAGGCGGCACACUGCAUAAUAGUGGCCAGGAGGCAAAAGAUUGGCUGCUCUUCAAUGAUAGCAGAGUAACAUUCACAUCCUUCCAAUCAGUGCAAAACAUUACUAAUCGCUUCCCCAAGGACACUGCUUAUGUGCUCAUGUACAGGAAGCAGGAGCUACCGGGGCAAAGCGUAAAUGGGGGCCUAAUGGCAAGUGGAAUGAGACUGAGUGCCGAGCCUCCUCUGCAAAAAGAACUACUGGAUGCUGUUAUCAAAGACAACAAGCUCUAUUUACAGGAACAGGAGCUCAGUGCUCGGACCCAGGCUCUUCAGGCCCCGUCAUCCUCCUGCUCAUUCAGGCCCAACGGUUCAGAUGACAAUAACCCACCAGGGAGCUGCGGACCAUCUGGUGGAGGAGGAGGAGGGGGAGGAGGGUUCAAUACCAUUAGUAGACUGGUCUUCUGAAAUAAAGGGGAAAAAAAAUGCUGCAGGAAAUCCAGAUGAACUGGUGCUAAGGGAGUCCUGGGCUGAUCCUACAGGAGGCUGAAUCGUCUCACUAUGUAUAGCAUAAAAGGAGCACUGAAAUGAUCUAGCAACACACACACAGACACACACACAUCAGCACUGGUUCUGAUUCUUCAUUUGAUUUUCUCUAACUCUUAAAGUUUUGGUUAGUCUUCACAUAUUAUUAUUAUUAUUAUUAUUAUUAUUUAUUUUUGUGAUUGAAAACAUUGUAAUCUUCUGUUAAUCCUGAAAAGUUGAAAACUUGGGGUGAAUAUUGCUCACUGGUGCAAAUAUAUUUCCUUCUUAAAUGAAAGAAUUAUGACAAAAUAUGAUUUGACAAAUACUUCAGAUUUGUCUUCUAAUAAACGUUUUCUUUGAUACAUAAAAACCUGUUUUAGUGUAAAAAAAAGAAAGUGCUCAUAUUUUUGACUUUGUUUACUAUUACCUCAUACCCACACAUGCACACAAUACAGAAGAAGGUCACAAUAGAGAAAAAGGCAUUCAUCUGUGGGCUAUACAGAUUUUUUUUUUUUUUUAUCUAUCAUACUUUUUACUUGCAGCAUAUUGUGAGCUGUGGUGUUUCAUUAUUGGGGAUAUUGUGCCUGGAAUGUGUACUCUUAUUUUUUUUUAUAGGUCUCUUACAACACAUGCAAUAAAUGUACAUAUGACGUCAAAUAAAAGAACUUCAAAUGAA